AUGACCAUAUCGAAGCCGUCCAAGAAGCAGCGCGGAAAGCUCAAGUCCGCCACGACAAAGAAAGAGCCAGCGAAGACGCACGUGAAGUUCGAUGACAAUGGAGAAAAGGUCGUACCCAAGAAACGUGGACGUGUUGCCAAGACAAAGGACGUCGACGAGAAGAAAGAAGGUGGCGGCAAGUCGGAUCGGUCCCAAGACGCGAUCCAACAGGCGAGUUAUUAUCUACAGCAGUGGCAGAGACGUGACGAACCUAAAUCCGAUGACGAGCUGCCAUGGAAAUUCAAGAAAUUCAAGCAACAGUGGAUUUUACAGUGGAUGUAUGAAGCAGACGUUGUGUCCAAGUCCAUGUUUGCUGUCGUGCUAGAUUACCUGGACGGAAUACAAGGCGUUGCACGCGAGCGUGUGGCAGAUCGAGCGCAAAGUAUCAUCGACACUGGUGUGCCGUCGAAAGAUGAAGAAAACGCAGCGGCGGGGGAACAGGAAAAAUUGCUCAGUAUCAAGCUUGCUCGGCGGCGGUACAAGCGUGCUCUGCAAGUGGCCGAGUUGCUGGCUUAA